CUACCGGCGCGCCCCGCCCGUCUCCUGGAAGAUGCGAGAGGAGGCCAAACGGCCUAGCGUCGGCAGGGGCUCCAUUCAACUGCCCGCCCAGCCCGUAGACGCUGGGGAAGUGCCCCUGCCCGGUCGGGCCGGGGCCACGCUCUCGUCGGGAUGCCACCUGCUCAUGGGCAAGCCGGAGUGGCGCCGCACCGAGAUCCCCUUGCCCGGGAAGUCCCAGGUGGUGUUCAUGCGGCCCAGAACCUCCCAGGCUCCCGUGCUCUUCAGCUUGAUGAAUGCCAGUGAAGUGGCUGUGAAAAAAUUUUUACCCAAGAGCCACUUAUCAAGAGUGAUUAUCCAAGACAACCUCAGUGCCCAGCGCGUCUAUGAGUUGGAGACGAGAGCAGCAGACAAGACUAAGAAGAAAAUGGGCCACCUCUUUGACCACUUGAAGAAGAAGUUCAUGACAGAGCAGCUGAGGAAGCUGAGCCGCUGGCACCGGGAGGCGCUGCCCAUCCAGAGAUACCUGGAGAGCAUCCAGAAGUACCGGCACGAGGCCGAGCGCGAGCCCAGGCCCAGGAAGAAGGUGGAGACUCUGAAAAGUACACGUGUCAAGAAAAACUUGGUCCUCGGCUGAGCCGACAAGAGGGGUCCUCAUCCGGGGAGGGGAGGAGGCCAUGCAACUAAACUCUCCUCUUGUUCACCGUUUCCUUGGCCUCUCGGAUACCUGGGUCACAACUUCAGAAAGGAGGGUUAGGGCUGGCUUGAUUGCUGUGUGACUUUGGGUAAGCCCUUCACCUCUCUCGGCCUCAGUUGCCUCUUUUGUCAAACGAAGCUUAUGACGUACCUUACCGUUCUGAACUCUCUGAACCCCUGAGGAAGAGUCAUUAUUAGGUGAGGUAGGGGAGGGGCGAGUGAGGAGAUGUGCCCACAAUGGCAAGUUCACCUCCUAGUUGGCUUUCCAUCACACCUGGGCAGAGAAGGCGAUUUCAUGGAUGGGAGAAGUAAGGCUCGGCAGCGAGCCCAAGGCCAUGAUUAGUAAAUUGGGAAAGGGCCUAACCACAAGGUUCUGAUCACAAGUCCAGUCCUUUUCCCACUAUAAAAUGACAACUUUCAUCAUAGAAUUGUAAGAGCCGUAGAGAUUAUCUAGCCAGAACUUCUGGCCGGAGGAAAAUGAGGCUCAGAGCAGAAAGUUACUUGUUCGAUUUCUGAUAUAAAAUUAGUGUCCAAGCUGGGACUAGAUCCCAGGACCCUGCCUGAGAAGCAGAGAAAACUCAAAUGGGCUCCAGUUGUACAAAUGUUUAUUGAGCUCCCUACUUUGUAGAUGCCACAGGCCCAUACGAGCUCAGUUCUGGAAGUGGAAGGGACUCUCCAAGCUUUAGAAUCCAACCCUCUCACUUUACAGGUGAGGCAACUGAGGCACAGGGAGGUGAAAUGAUUUGCUCAGGGCAACCCAGCAAGUGUGUAAGGCAGGAUUCAAACUCAUCUUACUGACCUUUUAAGUCCAGUGCUCUACCCACUGUCCCAAGGGACAAAUUCCCACAUAGACUUGGGCAAGUAAGGGAGUCCUUGGCCUUAAGGAACUUAGAGUGAGGGAGGUAACAUUCAAAUAAUCAGGUAGGAUGGAUUUCAGGUCCACUCUAGAAAAUCCCCAGAUUUGCAUCCCAAGGGUCAACCUUUCUCCACAUGUCUCAAAGCCCACAUAGGCCAAAACCUCAAGUCCAAACUGGAUUCAUCUUCCCCCUCCAACAUGGCACCAGCCAGCCAGCCAUCCACUCAGCCUUUUUUCUGAGCUCCUCUGGCAACACCUGCUGCCUUUUGGACACUCAAGACUUGUUUAAGCCAGAUUUCACCUUGCCCCGUGUUUGAAUUGUCAUCCUCCUCCUCACCUAGACUCCUCUCUUGUGCUCCUUGCCUCGGUAUCCCCGAUAUCUGGCACGUGGUAAGUGUUUGAUAUUUAUUGACUGACUCUCUUAUCAAGGAAAUCACAUUGUGGUGGCAGAAAGUCAGGGUUCUAGAUUUCCUCCUGCUGUUUCUUGAUUGCAUCACUCUCCUUCCCGAGCCUCAGAUACCUCACCUGCAAUCAUCGUAAAAGCCAUUCCUGGAGUGUUUUCUUGAGGGGAACAACACAUACACAUGAGUGCAGUAGACUGAGUGGGGGCCAGAGAUCAGCAAAGGCUUCCUGGGGACUGAAGUGCUGGAGCUGAGUUGUGUGUGAUGAAGGAGAGGAAGGGGGUGCAUUCCAGAUAGGGGGCAAACAGCCCGAAGAGAUGGAAUGGUAUUGAUGAAAUGGCAGAUGGGGGCAGAUGAGCUUUAGCAAAAAAUUCUUUCUCGUUGCUUAUGUCUUUGUCAUCACGCUUCUGACUGAAAAGCACUAAGAAAACGAGACGUCGCUGUGUUUAUUGUUUAAUGAGCACCAAAAAAAGGUUUGGUUUGUUAAAGCAAAAAGGUCAUCAGACAAGUCCUCCGUACAGCUACAAAGCUCAUGCUAAUUCAGGGACUCUGACAGGGUCUCGAGAGACACACAUCAAUCAGGAAGACGGAGAUGACUGCCGAUGGUGGAAAGAAAGCUGCUCUGUGGCUGUACGCAAUGCUGCCCUUCUCAUCCUGCUAAGGGCCGUCCCUCCACUGGUGCUCACUUUCAUUCCCGGAUGGGCUCCUAGCAAUGGUAGUGGGCAUGGGCCACUGGGCGUGGGCUCGGGGCAGCUCGGGCCAAAUCCCAGCUGGGCACUCCCUAGUGUCAAAACCCCAUGGCAAACAGUAUCUUUCCUGCUCAGUUUCCUCAUCCGUGAUGCUGGAGGUUCAUGAGUGCUUGCUGGCUGCAGGGCACACUUCCCAAGGUGACCCAGGGGCACCACCGGCACUGACUGGACAAGGAGGAGGGCCAGUGCUGGUCGCUCUUUGCCUGUCUUGAA